GGAUUCUGAUAAUGACUAAUUGUCUGAUCCAAGGAUUUGUAUGUUUAAGGACGGCAUCUGGCGCCGGUUAUCUGUAAUCUAGUGAUGAACCUUUUCAACUGAACUGGGACUAUAUAUUGGUCCUACAUGGAUGAGAUGCUUUACAUAACCCAUCUUGAUGGAUACUAGGCUGCUUGAGGCUUCUCAAACUGGAAAUGUCCAGCUUUUGCAUCAAUUGCUGAGAGACGAUCCACAGCUUCUGCAUAAUGUUUUGCUAGCUUCCGGAGAGAACCCCUUGUAUGUUGCUUCCGCUGCUGGUCAUGUGGAAUUUGUCGAGGUGGUUCUAGAGUUGAAACCAGCUUUGGCCAAAGUAUUCAACAAGGAUGGCUUUAGCCCCAUGGAUGUGGCAUCUGCCAAUGGCUAUCUGGAGAUUGUAAGGGCUCUGCAGAAAGCUUUACCUGAACUCUCCCAGGAUAAAGGAAAAGAUCGGUGGACUCCACUGCAUCAUGCUGCUAGAAGAGGGAGGGUAGAUGUUAUCCGAGAAAUAGUUUCGGCUUGUCCAGAAAGUGUUGAAGAUGUGACAAGACAAGGGGAGACUGCGUUACACCUUGUUGUUAAGAACAGCCAAUUUGAAGCAAUAAGAGUCCUGUUGGAAUUGGUGCGAGAAAUGGACAAGCUGCAUGUCAUGAAUAUGAAGGAUAAUCUUGGCAACUCAGUUCUUCAUGUAGCAACUUGGAAAAAGCAACACCAGGUGGUGGAAUGGCUAGUUGGCAUUGGAACUGCUCCAGGGGGUGUGUUGGAAGUAGACAGUGUAAAUCAGAGGGGUCUCACUGCUCUUGAUCUGCUACUACUUUUCCCUAGUGAAGCCGGUGAUAGGGAAAUUGAGGAGAUCCUUCGUGAUACUGGAGCUUUGAGAGCACGAGAGAGAGUCCAGUCUAGUUCUGAUGUACCUUCAUAUGCUCAAAACCAUAGCCAAAUGGCAUCAGAGACUCAUCAACAGCAGCCAAAUAAUGUGGCUUCGACAGCACUAGAUACAGUCCAUUAUAGUUCGGGUCAGAAUCAUAACCAAAUGGCACAACAGGCCCAUCAAGAGCAGGUGGCUCUGACAGCAAUAGAUAUAGUCCAUCCUAACCAAUUGGCACAACAGACCAAUCAAGAGCAGGGGGCUUCAACAGCAAUAGAUAUAGUCCAUCCCAGUUCUGAUGUGCCUUCACUUAAUCAGAAUCAUAACCAAAUGGCACCACAAGCCCAUCAAGAGCAGGGUGCUUCGACAGCGAUAGAUAUAGUCCAUCCGAGUUCUGAUGUGCCUUCACUUAAUCAGAAUCAUAACCAAAUAGCACCACAGACCACUCAAGAACAGCCAAAUAAUGUGGCUUCGACAACAGUAGCUCCAGUCCAUCCUGUUUCUGCUCAAAUCACUGGCUCUCCUAGUCAGAACCGCACUCAAAUUGGAUCACAGACUGAUCAAGAGGAGCUAGACGGUAUGGAGUACUUCAAAUUCAAAAAGGGUAUAGACCCCGUUGAUAAUGCACGUACCGCGCUGUUAGUUAUAGCUGUAUUAGUGGCUACAGCGAGCUAUGAAAUUGCACUCAACCCUCCAGGCGGUCUUUGGUCUGACACAAACUUGAGCACAAAUGGCACUGAGCCACCACACCUUGCAGGGACUUCCAAUAUAGCUUCUUAUUUUCCAGUUUACACCAUCUUUGGAGCCAUUUUAAACUGCAUUGGGUUUUCAGUUUCUCUUCACAUGAUCUAUGUCCUCACAACCAAUUUCCCCUUGCGGUUGGAGCUUAUUGUUUGUGGCCUUGCAAUGUACGUAACUUUCAUCAAUGGAUUGAUUACUAUUUCUCCAGGUGAGACCGCAGGUUGGUACUCACUGUUUGCACUUACGCCAGCUUUGCCUCCGGUGGUAUUAUUUGCUGCCAGAAGGAUUAGGAAACUUUGGAUCAAGCUUAGAGACCUUGCUGCCAGAACGGUUGGGAAACUUUGGAUCAAGCUUAAAACCCUUCUAAUUAGCCGGUGGCCGAAUUUGAGUAGAUUCAUUUAAUUUGAAUUAGAUUAUGAGUCAUGAGUCAUGACGACCAUCUCCAGUUAAUAAAAAAGCAACACAUUUCCUGGUUUCCAUGCUUUUCGAACUUUAAUUGCUACAGGUCAUCUUGUUCUUCUUGUAUGUGGCAGGAAUCAUUGUACUACUUAAAACACAAAGCAGUUGGUAGCUCUUUCAGCAGAUA